ACACACACACACACACACACGCACACACACACACACACCCACACAUACAAACACACACACACACACAUGCACUCCUGCAAUUUUAUACCUGACCUGGCCAGGCUGUCUGCAGGCUUUAAUAGGCAGCAGAGUGGAACCCUAACUGUGUUUUUCUCCACCCUCACCUUCAAGCCCUGACACAGAACAACAUUAAAUCUCUUCUCAGCGGUAGCACAACAGGUGCUCCAGUUUCCAGUCUGCACAUAUAAGAGCUUCAGUAGCCAACAGUAGUUACAGCGAUGGUCGCAGGGAAACCAUAUCGGUAUGGGCUGAUAGUGGCAGGGCUGUGCGUGGCCGCAGUCGGCCUGUUCAUCAUGACUCAGGAGCGACCGCACAUCUAUGGCACAAUGUGUGUUCUGGGCAUCAUCAUGGUGUGUGUCGGGACUGUGUGGAGCCUCUGCCAGUGCUAUCCCAAGGUCAUUUUGGCUCCUGGGAUUCAGGAGGAAAAACUAGAGGAUCUAGAGUGUACUGCAGCAAAAUAUGAGAGGCAUGCUGAGGCUCUGCCAGGUUUCUGUGGCCAAAAGUCAAGUAACAGCAGACUUCUCCCCGAGAUUCUUAAGAUCCAGUGUCACAGCUGUCCCACACUGCACCUGGUCUGAGGCAGGGACACCAUCAUCAUGACACUCAGGACAGUGAAAAGAUCUCACAUGAUGCUGUUUGAGCAUUUGUGUGUGUGUGUGUUUUUAAAGCUAUUGUAAGUGUCUGUUUCUAUAUGAACGGUUUUGCAUCACUUUUUGUCAGUGUGAAGUGGUUAAUAAAGUCAAAUGUGUGUUGCAUGGUA